AUGGAAAGAGUUUACUGUGGCAUGGUGGGGGAGUUGCCGGUGGGGAGGCCUCUAGAGCGGCCGCUGACUCAGCGGCGACCUCGAGUACUGCCUGCCGCAAGGCGAGGUCCCGUGCCGGUGUCGUUGUGGUCGUCCAUGGACCUCCUCACCGGCAACCACCCGACCCAGCCGCUGAGCCCUCAGGAGGACCGAGCUGCAGCGGCCCAACCAGCAGUAGUUGAUAUGGAGCUUUGCUCAGUUCCUUCACCUGCUUUACACGUUGAAGUUGGAGGGAGUGGAACCUCCACACCUAAUCGGACUCCAACGUCCCGAAAGCGAAAUGCAUCGGACCACAAUGACAUGGGGGCUAAACGGCGUCUAAUUACUUCCUCGUCAUCUUCGUCGCGUCCUCUAAGGGAUAUUGAAAUAUCCAACGCCCUUAAUUAUGGCAGCGACGAGGACUCCGAAGAAGAUGGCGAAGAAGAAAUUGGACUCCAAUCCACCAUAGUCCCCAGGGUGACUGCCUUCAAUUUAUUAAUAACCAUAAUGUUCGGCAAGGCAUACAAAUUAAAAUCUAACAACACACUAAAAAAUUCGGAAAAAAAGCAUUUAGCGCAGCGUAUUUUAAAUGAAUUCCCUGCUGCUACAGAUGAGAAAGUGAAAGAGUUGGUGCCAGUAAAAUCAAAUAGCAGCUGUAUGAGAUUAAUUCUACAUUCGGGUGAAACAGUCGGCGUAUACGUUGUUGAUAGUGUACCUGUGAUGAUAGAAACAGGUGAUGCGUUGGUGCCUACUGUAUGUGCUCUAUGGAAAGUGCCUGACCUCCUACCGACCCUCAUCAUUCAUUCUCCAGUGCUCCCUAAGCUUGCAGGGGGUGCACCAUUAUAUGCACCAGGGGUAACAUUAGCAGAUCCAGUAAAAUUCCCACGCUUCUCCCGUGGGUCUCUUAUUGCUGCCGCUACAGUUGACAAUUGCGCUGUCGGCGCUGUGGGUCGUGCUGCUAUUUCCUCUUCAGAUCUGUUGAGGACUAAUAUAGGUGUCUGCAUGGAAACUUUACAUGUAUAUGGAGACUUGCUUUGCAAAGAACCUAAGUUCACAAAGCUUGAGAGGCCAAAGUUUGAUCCCCCCACCUAUAAUGACAUUACUGACAACAUUGCUAUGGAUAUAGCCCAGCUAAGCAUCCAACAACCAAUUAAAGAGGAAUGGCCCAGCUUAGUAAAAGUGGACAUCAAACCGCCAGAAGAACCUACACCUUCCCCGGUUUUAAAUGAACCAAGAAUUAUCCCAGAAGAAAUACCAAAUGUUGAUGGCAAUGAAGAAUUGGAUUUAGACGACACAGUUAUCACAGAUACUUCACAAAUUGAAGAAGAUCCAAUACCAACAGACAUGGACGAGCUGCUCAAAUGGUGUCUCCUGUCCUUUAUUAAACUGGAAGGCAAGAAUCUAGAACUGCCUCUCAAAACCAACCUGCUAUAUAAGAAUCAUCUGAUACCUCUGUGCCCUCCGGACCGGACUUUAGAUGUAAAAAAGUCAAGUUACAAGAAAAUGGGCAAAUUCCUUGAGGCCAUGCAAAAGGAAGGCCUGCUAGAGGUGCGUGAGAUCGAAAAGGGCGUGUCGGCGCUGGUGAGCAUGGCCUGCGCGCACCCGUUGUUGCGGCAGCAUCGUGCGCCCGUCCGCCCCGCCGCCCGCCCCACCGCGCCCGGCCCCGCCCCGCCUCAAGUACGGGACCUCUACUGCAUCACCGCCAACGUUUCUGAACUCUUCGCACCGCUCAGGAAAGGCACAGCUCUAGCGGCGGCAGAUGUUCGGUCUACUCUUACCGAAUAUGUGAAGACGAGAGGACUUAACAGCACACAGCAGCGAGGAGCCGUUGCGCUGGACCCACUGCUGGCAAAGAUUACUGGGCAACAGGAACAGGAAACCAUAAAAUGGGAGGGACUUAUGACUGCUGUCUUGAACAAAAUGACUCCCAGCACAGAGCUGCAGUUUUCUGAUGGAACUGUUAAAAUUAUCAAAAGCAAGCUCGAGCCAAUCAAAAUGCAAGUUGCUACCAGGAGCGGGAACAAGAAGGUAACACUAGUAUCAAACCUAGAAGCAUAUGGCUUCAACCUACUAGAAAUGGCGCGAGUGUGCCAGCAUGGUGUGGCUGCAUCGUGCGGGGUCACAAGAACCCCUGGAGCAAAGUGUGACCAACUGAUGGUGCAGGGUGAUCAGACACACUUCAUUGCCAAACUGCUGAUUGAGAAGUAUGGACUGCCCAAGAAAUAUCUUGAAGGUGCCGAUAAAGCUUUAAAUAAGAAAAAGUGA